UAUGGAGAAGUUCUUCAGUUCUACAAUGAUUUAAUGGAAUUGGAUCCACCACACAUUCAGUACUAUAAGGAUGAAUACAGCUCUGUUUUACUAAGACAGUUAUUCUCCAAUCAAGAGUCUUUGCUGGAACGCUGCCAUCAAUAUCGAGAACCAUCUUCUUCAAUCAUUUAUAAUUAUUCAUGUCUGCGGCUAAAUAACCUCUCACUUUCUCGAGUUGGGUGUUUGGAAAAACUUUUGUGGGUCCAGAUCCUAGAUCUUAGCUGCAACCAACUUCGGUCAAUUGAAGGCAUGGAGGCAAUGCAGCUACUCUCUUGUUUAAACCUAAGCAAGAACUUACUUUGCAGUUUCACUGCUUUGGAGCCUUUAAGGCAUCUAAGAUCGCUAAAAGUAUUGGACAUCUCAUCCAAUGAGAUCGGUGCGCACUCAAUUGACACAAGAAGGUACCUGUGUUCUUCUCCGCUGUGCCACAGUAAUGGAAGUGCUUGGAACAUCGAGCAAUUUUCAACCGAUGCUGUCAAUGCGACUGAUUACUGGGAAGCAUUCUUAGUCUUUAAGCAUAUGAAUUUGAUACAACUAGAUAUUGCGGGAAAUGCUGUUUCUGAUGAAAAGUUAAAGUUGUUGCUGUCUGAGCUAAUACCAUUGCUCAAAUGGCUUGAUGGUCAAAAGCUCCGAUAAGUUUAAAGUGCCCUUCUUAUUUUCUCGUGUACUUUUAUGUAACAGUGACUACAGAUGAACCUUCUUUCCUUGAUACAACUGAGAUAUGGUAAAUUUUAUCCCACAUUUUCAAUUUUUGCUUCUUUUAAAGGAUUCAUGGAUGCUUGAAAUGCUGGAUGUCUCAAAUCUGUUCUUGUUUUGAU